CAGGUGAAGAGGGAGGGUGCCGAGAUUGGAUGUGAUGGAGUGAACUCGAGCCAUGUACCGGUGCAGAUUAAUGUGAAAUAGAAAGAGAGACGUGCGAAUGUAUGAGGUGUGCCAUUACAAUCAGGACUUUAAUUUCACUCGGGUGUCCAGAUCAGUGACAUGGAAAAUAUGUUCACCCCCAGCACACCGCAUUCGGAGGAGAAGGCAGGCGAGAAGGCGGGUGAGGCGAAGAUCGUGAAGCUGUACGCGCAGUACCCGCCCAUCGAGAAGAUGGACGCAUCCCUGUCGCUGCUCGCCAGCUGCGAGAAACUGUCCUUGUCCACAAAUUGCAUCGAGAAGAUUGCCAAUCUCAAUGGACUCAAAUUCAUCAAGAUUUUGUCACUUGGACGUAACAACAUCAAAAACCUCAGUGGUCUGGAGGCUGUGGGUGAUACGCUGGAGGAGCUGUGGAUCUCCUACAACAACAUCGAAAAGCUGAAGGGCAUCCACGUGCUGAAGAAGCUGCGUGUGCUCUACAUGUCCAACAACCUUGUCAAGGAGUGGAGCGAGUUUGUGCGGCUGGCCGAUCUGCCUGCGCUGGCCGACCUGGUGUUUGUGGGAAACCCCCUGGAGGAUAAACACUCGGGCGAGGGGAACUGGAUGGAGGAGGCAACUCGGCGCCUGCCCCGGCUGAAAAAACUCGAUGGCUGUCCUGUCAUCAGGCAAGACGAGGAGGAGGCCGAGCCCGAGAGUUGAAGAGAGUGAUGUGAAGAGGAGAACGGACUCGUCUAAUGGCUUCCAUGUUCUGUCACAGGCAGUGGCAUCUCAGUCCUCUUGUCCUCCACCCCCAUUAGAAACUGUUACACGUUUGCCAAUAUUCACCGACACACCAAGUUCCUGAUGGACAAUUAAAACAACUAAAUCCUGGAUUUGUGUACAGGUAUGAGGAAUGGAGCCAAGAGAUCUGACAUUUUCUGUUAAAUAAAAAAAUAUAUAAAUACAAUUGCA